AUAUCAUGGGGUACAAAACUCUGUGCUUUGGACUGACUUGUAUUCUUUUUGUUUUUUAUAUUUAUACGCCAAUGCCAGAAAACAUUGAAGAACCAUGGAAAAUAAGGAUCACGGAUGCUGCUAUAAAAACUACUUCACUUAUGGCUAUGAUAUUGGAAAAAAUAGGCCUUAAAAGCUUUGAAACAUUGUAUGCCACAUUAAUAAAACUGGACUAUACACAACCAAUUUCAGAUGAAAAUGUUACAGUGAUGGAUACAACAUUUAGUGAUAUUCCAGUACGUUUGUACUUGCCAAAGAGGAAGAGAGAAAGCCAGAGACCAGCUGUAAUUUAUAUUCAUGGUGGUGCCUUUGUCUUAGGAAGUUACAAGCAUACACCUAUGGACCUGCUGAAUAGAUGGACGGCAAACAAAGUUGAUGCUGUUGUUGUUGGAGUGGACCCUAGACUAGCUCCUCAAUAUCCAUUUCCAGCUCCCUAUGAGGAUGUUGUUUCUGUGGUCAAAUUCUUUCUACAGGAUAAAAUCCUUGCAAAAUAUGGAGUGGACCCCAAUCGAGUUUGUAUUUCAGGUGAUAGUUCUGGGGGUACACUUGCAGCAGGAGUGACUCAACUGAUACAGAAUGAUCCAGAAUUAAAAAGUAAACUGAAAGCACAAGCUUUAAUUUACCCUGGCUUACAGCUAGUUGAUGUCUCUGUGCCAUCUCACCGAGAAUAUGAGCAUGGUCCACUUCUGCCAUGGAAAGUGGCAAUCAAACUUGGAUGCCUAUAUUUCACCCAGGAUAGAGCAAUCCCCCAGGCAAUGAUGAAAAAUCAACACAUGCCUCAUGGAUCAAUGCAUCUGUUCAAGUUGGUAAACUGGAGCACCUUCCUUCCUGAAGAGUACAAGAAAAACCAUGUAUAUACUGAACCAAUUCUUGGAAGACUUAAUCCUUCAUAUUCAAUACUUUUGGAUACUAGGUUAUCACCCUUGGCAGUCAAUGAUUCCCAGUUGCAAAAUCUGCCCUUAACUUACAUCCUCACCUGUCAACAUGAUAUUCUAAGAGAUGAUGGACUUAUGUAUGUCUCACGACUUCGAAAUGUUGGAGUUAAAGUUUUUCAUGACCAUAUGGAGGAUGGAAUCCAUGGAGCUUUAUCAUUCAUGGCCUCACCAAUUUACUUAAAACUAGGCAUUAGAAUAAAAGAUAAUUAUAUUAAUUGGCUAGAAGAAAAUCUGUAAGUAGUGCAUAUAACUAACUAGCUAAUCAGUGUUAUAGUGCAAAGGCUAUGUUUUGAGAUUCGUGAAUUUAAGUGACAAUGUGAUGUUAGUUUUGAUCAAUCAAGAUUUAAAUCAAAGCAAAAUUAUUGUGUAUCUUUGAAAAAAAUUAAUUUCCCUAAUCUUAGAUCUUGCUAAAAGGAAGACAUAUUUAUCCUAAUAAAUGUCAUUUAUUCAGUGUGAUGCAUGUUAAAUAUUCACCAAUUUCAUAGUAAAGUAUAAAAAUAGUAUGAUUAUAGGCAACACACAAAUGAUAGUUUCCUGGUAGUGACAGGAAUGGUAAUGGUGAGUGAGAAGUAAUUUUAAGAAAGGAAAAUUGCAGUGGAUUUUAGAUGGGGUUGGGAAGUAAUGCCUUUCAAGCUUUUUUUAUCAUUUAAUGGUCCAUACAUAAAUUUUAUCCUGUUUGUGUAAAUCAUUAGUUUUCUUUUACUCACAAAAAAUCUGCUUUCAGACAUAUUGCUAGCAUUCUUUGCUGAUAGAGGGAAAAGGGCAACAUCUGAACUGUAAAUCCUUUCAAAAGCCUAAAUUUUUAGCCCCUACUCAAAUGUUUAGAAACAUCAACCCAGAAGAUAGAUGAAUUACUCCACUGAUUUCUAUGUACUGAUUAUCCAAGAUGUUCCCUCACAGUUGUACAUUGCAGUAAGUAUUGAGUAUUCUCUUAUUUUGAACUUCUGGAGUGAUACAUUUAUCUUCACAGAAAGCUAUAUAACUACAAAAAUAUUUAACUGAUGAUAUCUGGACCUAUGGGCUCUCCUGUGAUGAUAAGUUCCACACUCAUGUUAGUCUAGAUGAACCUCAUGACUAAACUUCAUUCCCAUUAGGACACUUCAUAAACAGUGUCUCUUUUUCUGAAGUCCCUGUGAUGCUACUCUUUGCAUGCUAUUGUUAGUUCUGUGUCUUAUUAAACUGAGUAAAUUUUAUGCUGUAUAA